AUGUCAAGCACAGCAACAUACUCCAGACCGGACGAGUCUGUGUCCCAAGGACCACCUCCGCGGAGUCAUAUGAGCACGUCUUCUAGUGUAUAUUCUCCUUUGGACUCUGAAUUCGGUAUGCGUACCGAGAAUGACAAUACUCCGAGACAACAGCAACAUCAACAGCAACAACAACCACUGCAUCUCAGAAAUUCAAUGGCUAGUGAAGAUUCGUAUCGUCAGAGAUUACCGUCAAUCGACAGCGAACUUACACCUGACGAGUCACAUAGGAUGGCCACCGAGGUUAGUAAUCAGACAAUUCAAACAUUUGUCACUGCUGAUAGCGGAUUUAGUUUUGGAUCUAUCAAUGAUUCAAUCUUAAACGAUAACAGAAGUGAUACGUUGGAUAUCUCUGGAGAGACUAUAAAUGAUAUCAAUACUGCUUAUGGGGCUGUCCCUGAAUAUAAUUAUGAUGAGGAUGCGACCCCGAUAAUACCCACUAUUGCCACUUAUGAUCCCAUCGAUAAAACCCCCAUUGUACAAGAAGGUAUGACCUUUGACAGGGCAGCCGCUUCUGAAGAAGACGAAUCAAACGACUUAAACAACCACCGUGCGUCAAGAUUAUUCCCACAAAGAGAACUCAGUAACAAAUUUAAACGACUUAGUAUGACCCUUCAACAAUCUAAUCAGUUUACUUCAGGUGAAUCGGUAGAAUUUAUGAGUAAUUUCCUGCAAAAUGUGGAACGAAUGAAUAAUGAAUCAAGUACCAACAGAACAAGUUUGUAUUACAAGAAAAUUCACGAGAAAACCCCAGAAGAGACUGACGAAGAGGACCGAGUAGAGAGAACCAUGGUAGCACGUGUUGUUGACGAUCACUCGACUUCAAGUACCUUGAGUAAUCGCUCAAGUGUUCUGAGUGACGGUAGAUAUGUGCUUUCCAGUGCCCAUGGAGUCUCAUCAAACAGCUUACAUGAAGAUAUACACAAAGACCAGAAUACAUUACCACAAGUGGAUGAUGGAAAUAAAAGUCUGUCUAAUAAUUCAUUCUGUUUCAAUAAUGGCUCCUCAAGUACCACUUCUUCUCAAGUCCCAAGUAAUCAGAACUCGUAUGUUGAUUUAAAGGGGGCUAGGGUGUCUCCAUUAAAGUUGUCUCGUAAUGUGAAUGGAAUCGAAGAAGAGGCUCCCAUUCGUAAGGAUUUGGUUGAGAAAUUUGAAAAACUUUCCACUGAACAGCCAGUUGACAAGGAUGUCACACUUUCAGAUAAAGAGAAAAAUGAUUAUCUCAUUAAUAAACAUAAUAUGACCGAAAAAUACCCACUUGGUUUAAACAUAGCUUACAAUACAGAUUCUGUAUUAGAUCCAAAGCAUACGGACAGCUCAUACACUAUUGAUGAAGGAGAUACUAUCGAUAAGGAAACUACUGUAAGUGUUUCCGAGGUUGACGAAGGCUCCAAGAGAGAGUCGAUAACUUCGUCUGUCAUGUAUGAUGACGAUGAAGACCUUUCAACUUUGUUCGUGAGAGCCCUACACACAUUUGACUCGUCAACACUUCAAUCAGAAUCUGAUGUUUCAAUUUGUUUAUCUUUUGAAAAGGAUGAAUUGGCAUUUGUUCACACUAUAGAUGAAUCUGGAUGGGGUGAAGUUACUCUUAUCAACUCUUUAAAACGUGGUUGGAUUCCAAUGAAUUAUUUCUCCAUUGCUGUAGGAGAAAGUAAAAACGAUUCAGAUACUUCUAAUGAUAGUGUUGAAGAAGAUGGUAUCCUCCCCAAUAGUGCAUACCUCAGACCAUUAUUUCACGCAUGCGGAAAGUUUCUUAUGAACCCUUUGUCCCAUAAGAACAGACGUGAUAAGUACACCUUCCUGAUUCGCGUAAUCAACUCUAUUAGAGAUGGAGUUCGAAUUUUACUUCAAGAAACGGAUUGUUUGUCACGAUCUAAUGAAAUAGUCACUAAAAGGCCCAUUGUACGUAAAACUAGAAAAUCUUUACUCGCAGACUGGUACAACCUUAUGCUCAAGGCUAACCAAUACAAAGGGACUUAUAACUUUAAUAAAAUUGAAGUCUUGACCCUUAUGGUAUACCAAGUCAGUCGUAAAGCAGUUGCAUUUUUGGAAGUUUGGUCCACUGAAAGUAGACAAGUGAUAAAGAGAGAAAAUGAAAAGAAAUUACAAAAUGAUAUGAACAACUAUCCAUUGUUGGCCACGCCACCACAAGCUAAGCAAAGAAUUACUGAAUUGAAUGGCCUCCUUUACUCAUACUUGGGUAUGAUUAUUGGUAGAUUGGACUUGAUCGAACAUAACCCAGUAGGAUGUGAACUUUUAGAAAGUUUAGCUCACCAAAUUAUCUUGCUUUUAAGAGAGCUCUUAUUUAUUUCCAAAACUGGAUCAGAUUUCUCUUCUGAGAAACCUGCGGAAUUGGAUGGCUCACUUGACACUUUACUCUCACUUGUUAGUGACUUGGUCUCUGGUGUCAAAAGUCUUGUAGUGAAAACAUUGAAUGAAUCUGACGAAGAUAAGAAAAACUCAGAUAAAGAUAAGAUCGCUACCGACUAUUAUUACACAGAAGAAGGUGGUUCCCUUCUCAUGAUUGCGUCUAAAAUGGUUAAGGCCAUUAGUAUCACAAUUGCAUCUAUUCGUAAGCUCCUUGAUGUCACAGGUGAUUUUAAGCUCAACGCUGAAAGAUCGUACCCAGAUUACACCAAGAUGAAAAUUGAAGCCGAUGAACUUAUCAGAAAGUGUUCUAUUGGUAUCGCCAAGGCACACUCAGUUAAGAACCGUGAAUUAAGGCACAUGAAAAGGCCUGCUAAUGCUCGCGCGCUGAACCGGUAUUCUAUGAUGAGAUCUGGAAAAACAGGAGACUUGGGACUCACUGACAAUGGGACUAUACUUCUACAUGAUGUACUUGUGUCAGAUGUUGAUGGAUCUUCACCAUUUAGUAUCUCAAAUUCUGAAUUUCAGCCAUUCUCGCAUACAGAUCCAAAUACACCUGUUAGCGAAAGACACAAUAUUAAGGAUGAGCUUCUCGUUGACUCACAAGGAAAUCUUCUUGGGGCGUCUUUCAAAGGGUUAGUCUUCACAUUAACAAAUGAAUCAUCCCCACCAGAAUACUUCUUUGUUUCCACUUUCUUCAUUUGCUUCCGUAGUUUUGCUAACGGAAUUGAUUUAAUCGAAGAAUUGAUUUCCCGGUUUGAAGUAAACAACAAAGAAGUUUCCAAAAAAGAUGUUUCGGCAGAGGUUAAACUUAAAAACAGAAGACGUUUAAUUGCCAAAAUGUUUCAAUUGUGGCUUGAAUCCUAUUGGAAUCAAGAAGCAGACUAUUCAUUAUUGACUACUUUGAUAAAUUUCUUCAAUGAAUGUUUAUCUCUCUACUUGCCCUUGGAUGCAAUUAAAUUGAUUGAAGUGGCGGCUAAAUUAUCCUCUAAGCCAUUAAUUGAAAAUCAAAAACCUACUCGUAAAAACAAAACCACGAGACAAAUUUUCAAUAGAAGUAUUACCAUUACCCAUUUAAAUCGGAAAAACUCAGCCCUUGGAAGUGGACCUUUGGCUUUGGACAAUUCUGUUUCGGCUAGGUAUUCGAUGGUUGAUGGAUACGAACUCUCCAAGAUAAACACCAACACAUCCACUUCAACCUCGUUGACUUCCAUGUCAUUACCUAUGCCUCUUGGUGUAGGUAACCAAACAUCAUCCUCUCACUCACUUUUAUCUAAAUCUCAACUUGUUACAAUUGAGAAGGUUAAUUUGACAUACCGGGCUAUUUUAGGAGAUAGUUGGUGUAAUCCUAAAUUUAUUGACCAUAAACAAUUUGUCCCUCUUGAGCUUAAAUCUAUUUUACCCAACUGGUAUAACGUUUGUGAUCAAAAUUGGGUUUUAUCAAACUAUAGACCAAAUCUAUUGGAUUUCAACGGUUUGGAAAUUGCUAAGCAACUUACUUUAAUUGAAUCAAGUAUUUUUUGUUCAAUUAGACCAGAUGAACUUUUAAAUGAGAAUUUUACCGCCAAGAGAGCUCAUUUGAAGUUAGCUCCAAAUAUUCGUCAAUCAUUGUUAUUUACAAAUUGUUUGUCUGGAUAUGUAUUGGAAUCAACUUUACAACCAAAGAUCAAUCAAAAAAUGAGAAUUAACAUUAUCAAGACUUGGUUGAAAGUUGCAAUUUCUUGCUUAUACUUGCGUAAUUUCAAUUCUUUGGCAGCUAUUCUUACUGCAUUACAAUCGCAUUUGGUGACCCGGUUGACUAGAGUGUGGGCUGAACUUUCUCCAAAGUAUAGAGAUUUAUAUGAGUAUCUUGCCGGAAUUGUUCAUCCAGAUAAGAAUUAUACUGUCUAUCGUACCAAACUCCGAAACUUUUUGGUAUCAAAUGACUAUAACAUUCCAAUUGUGCCUUAUUUUUCCCUUUUCUUGCAAGAUUUGACGUUUGUUGCAGAUGGUAAUCCAAGUUAUAGAAAAGCUGAUUCAUUCUUAAAUCAAAAAUUAAUCAACAUUGAUAAAUAUUUGAAACUUACAAGAAUUAUUGCUGACAUUGAAAGUUUACAAAUUCCAUAUAUAGACAACGGAACAUCUCGGGCCAAUAAGAGAACUACCAUGUUCUCAAUGAGCUCAAGUAAAACUGAUAAAGUUGAAGAUUACCAUAUCAUUGCCGUACCUUCAUUCCAGGAACUUAUAUUGUUAGAACUCUGGAAAGUAUGUCAAUUAAACCGGAAAGAGGAUGAUAGAGCCUGGAAAUUAAGUUUAUUAAUCCAUCCAAGAGAUGCAAAUUAG